AUGGAAUAUUAUUUAGAUGAAGAUGACGAUAUUUGGUAUGAUCCCGUACCAGAUUCUCUUUUUUUUCCAAUAAAUAACAGCAAGAAUAAAAAUGAUAAUAAAUAUCAAAUGAUCAAUAUAUUUAAACAAACAUUUUUAAAUCCUCACAGCAUAAGAUAUCCAAAUAAAAAAAUAACGCAUGUAUUUAAAAAAGAAACAAACCAAUUUAAUAUAGAAGAAGAGCAGCAAUCUGAAUACAACCAAGAAAAAGAGGAAUAUAAUGAAAACUAUGAAAAUGAAAACAAUGGCGAAGAGGAAUAUUAUGAAGACUAUGAAAAUGAAGAGAUCGAAGAAAAUAUUUGUCAACAAAAAGAAAAAGAGAAUGGAAAAUAUGAAGAAUAUGAAGAAAAUGAAGAAUACGAAGAUUAUGAAAAUGAAGAAGAUUAUGGGGAAGAUUAUGAAGAAGAUUAUGAAGAAAAUUAUGAGGAAGAUUAUGAAGAUAAUGAAGACUAUGAAGAAAAUUACUGUCUGAAUGAAGAAGGUGAAUACAGAGAAUUGGGGAAAGAAGAGGACAAAGUAGUGGAUGAGGAAAUGGUUAAAAUAAAAAACAAAGAAAAUAUUAAAGACGAAAUUGAUGAAAAUAUAAGUGGAAAUUUACUUUAUCAAAUAAUAAAAGAAAACCAAAAAAUAGAAAAGCCAAAUAGAACUACGAUUUUAGAAGAGAUUAAUAAAAAUACAGGUUUAUACUCAUUAUAUAAAGAUUUGUUUGACCUUGAUAACACAAUAGAAAAUUUGUAA